GGUCAAAGAAUCCAACCUUCCAUCAGUUUUCAUUUUUCAGUAUCUCAUAUUUUCAAACACAAACUUCAUUCAGCCAUAAGCCCAAGUUUGGCAGUUACCAUAACAAAACAAUGGCCAGAAGACUCAGUUCAGCCAUUAUGGUGACACUAGUAGCUGCCCUUCUACAAACCACAGUGGCACAGAAAGUACAUGUCGUGGGUGACACCUUAGGGUGGCUCGUCCCUCCUGAUGGUCCGAUUGCUUACGCUGCCUGGGCCGCCAUGCAAACAUUCAGCCCCGGUGACAUCCUCGUGUUCAAUUUCACAACUGGGCAGCAAGAUGUAGCUAGGGUUAGCAAGGAAGCAUUCGAUACGUGCAAUUCGACAAACCCUAUUUUGCUUGAAACAAAUGGUCCUGUGAAUUUUACCCUAAGUUCAGGUGGUGAGUACUAUUUCAUAGGCACCAUGGAGAUGCACUGUCCCUUGGGACAAAAGCUAGCCAUGUAUGUUCCACCACCAGCACCACCUAGAGCACCAAUGACAUAUGAGGUUGGGGAUGGUUUGGGGUGGCUUGUGCCUCCUGGUGGUGCAAUUGCUUAUGCUACAUGGGCUUUCAACAAAACCUUCAUUGUUGGAGACACUCUAGUUUUCAACUUUGUCAAUGGAACACAAGAUGUGGCAGUGGUAACAAAGGCAGCAUAUGAGUCUUGUGACACCACCACCACCACCAGGACUGUCUUAACCACCACUCCAGCAAAGAUCACCCUCUCGAACCCAGGCGAGCAUUACUUCACCAGCACAUACCCACUACACUGCAAUUGGGGUCAACAGCUUGCCAUCAAUGUGAUCGCCUCUAGCACCGCCAUGUCCCCUUCCACAUCUGCCGCUUCUCCACCAAGCACCACCACCAAGUCCUCAUCCGUGUUUGCCCCUGCAGCUGGUGGACCCAUUCCUCCUCCCACCAGCUCAGCCCCAUCUCACAUUGUGAUCGGAUUCUUUUAUGUAACAUUCUUGUCCUCUGCCACAACUUUUCUUCUUUGAUUUCAUACUAGUUGGGUGUCAUUUUGAUGUAAUUUCACUCUUGAUCAUUCUGUGUAGUCAGAUUAUACUUAUAAUAUUCAAUUCUACUUGUGAGUUAUUUUAGAAAUAAAAACCAGUUUAUUUAAGGAA